AUGGCACAACUCAGCAGCAUUAUGUCCUCGUUCGACAUCUUCCUUGCUCCCUUCUUUCCCGUCUUAGGGUACGAGCACGGACGGAGCUGGGUUCAGGUUCAGGUCAGUCAAGGUUUUCUCCUUGCCUACGGCAUAAACUCUCGAACGGCCGAGCAAGCAGACCCUUUUUUCAAUGACAUGCAACACGCGGGAUGUGUUCAAACCGCCACAGUUGUUCCAAACAGCGUCCCAGUUUCCAAGGAGAAGCUAUCCCGAGUCGUCAUUGUCGGAGGAGGAGUUGCCGGCUUGACUCUUGCUCAUAAUCUGGAACAGGCAAACAUUGAUUAUGUUGUACUUGACAAGGGAGUUGUUGCUCUACCUUGGGGUACCAGUAUCAGUAUCCAUCCCAACGGCUGCCGAAUCCUGUACCAAAUAGGAACCCUGGACGCUGUAGAGGCAAAAUGCGUUCCCAUGGAGAGAUUCUACAACCGGGGCCUAUCUGGAUACUCUUAUGUGCACGAUUUCUUCUUCCAAUCUGUGACGUCACGAACUGGAUACACAACUCUCACCUUGGAGAGACGAGGAUUCCUCCAGGCUCUAUAUGACACACCCGAAAGUAAAUCCAAGAUCCGUAAGAGAUGCUGUGUCAAGAACGUGAUUGAGGAGAAUGGUAUUGUCAGGGUUCUUCUAGAGGAUGAUAUGAAAGUGACCUACAACGCCAUCAUUGCCUGUGUCCCCCAGCAACCCGGCCUAGGACUAAACCAUAUGCACAGAACCUCAUUUAACAAUCUAUCUUUCCUGAUGCUCUGCCAGCCCGACACAGUUUAUCUGGCCGCGCAUUUCAAGCUCCCAGAAUCCGAGCAAACAUGCUGGCCAAGCCGUACCCGUUACACGGAGCAAGACAUGAAGGAUUAUGCUGCUAAGGUUUCCGAUCGCCCUGUCUCGGAGUCUGUUUUGUUUAGAGAGCUUUGGCGCAAGAAGACUGGAGCACACAUUGCCUCUCUACAGGAGGGUGUCUUGGAUCAUUGGUUCUUUAGCCGCACUGCCUUGCUCUGGGAUUGUGUCCACAAGGUAACCCCAAACGCCGGCUUUGGUGGUUCCACCACCAUGGAAAGCGCCCUCGCCCUCGCCAACGCCCUCCACGACGCCAUCUCCGCACACCCCAACAAAAAGCCCUCAGACAUCGAGAUCAAAGAUGCCCUACAACCCUACCAAAACGCCCGAAAGUCCCGAGUCCUGGAAAUCUUCUAG